ACUUGCCUACGUCAUCACGCAAAGGGGUGCACUUCCUGCUCACGGCAUUGAGUGGGUUGAGUAGAUGAUUUUACUCAUAACGUCCAAGGAAUGCUUUUCUCACCUUCGAGACGACACUGGACAAGUGCUAUUCGUUUGGCGAUAACUCUGUUUGGACUCCCGUUGACGGCCUCCACCUCUGGAGCAAGACCUGCGGCUCUUUGCGCAUCCCAUCAUUUUUACGGAACCAGUAAACAUAUUAAACCUAUUUGUGGGGACUGUUACACCUGCAGUAUCGGGACCAUGCCCUCGCCAGCAGGUCCUCAUGUAAAAUCCAGAUGCCCACAGUAUCCACAGUCCACCAUCACGCGCUUCACUGUACCAGACGACAAGGUGGACUGGAAUCAGAAAUGGCCCGAGUACAGCCCAGUCAACCACACUGCUCCAGUUGUUUUAAAGAAGCCAGUCUGGGCUGAUCCCGACAUUGGUUCCUUCUCUCCAAAGUUCAAUGCUGUUGAUGGUCCUGUGGACAGGUCGAGCUUUGAGGGAAAAUACAAAGUGGAAAGUGAGAAGCCAUUAAACCCUCGUGGACGCACUGGUUUGACUGGACGAGGUUUGCUUGGACGAUGGGGACCCAAUCAUGCUGCUGACCCUGUUGUCACAAGAUGGAAGGUAGAUGCCAGCGGAGCAAAGAUUCAUCACUCGGCCUCCAAAAAGCCCAUCCUGCAGUUUGUGGCCAUCAAGAGGAGAGACUGUGGGGAGUGGGCCAUCCCAGGGGGGAUGGUGGACCCAGGGGAACAGGUUUCCCUCACGUUGCAGCGGGAGUUCUCGGAGGAAGCCCUGAACUCGCUUUCUGUAAAGCAGUCAGAGAGGGAAGACAUCCGCAAACGCAUCCAAAACCUCUUCGGGUCUACAGGGUUUCAGGUCUACAAAGGAUAUGUUGAUGACCCAAGAAACACGGACAACGCCUGGAUGGAGACGGUCGUCGUCAACUUUCACGAUGAAGCGGGCGACAGUGUGAGCGAGCUGCCUCUGCAGGCUGGCGAUGACGCAGGACAUGUCCAGUGGGUGGACGUGGACUCGUCCUUCGGCCUCUACGCGAGCCACUCCCACUUCUUGGAGCUGGUUGCCAGAGAGCGGCAGGCCCACUGGUAAUCGGGAGACAAAAGGCUGCUCUGACGUUACGAUGAGGCAAAGCAGAGCCUGAAGAGCUCUCGUCCAUUCAGCACGCACGACUGCUAAUGGGAGCGUUCCCACUAAUUCAUUCAUGAUAUUCUGAACUGAUAAUGGAAAACAUAAAGUGAGUUUAACCAGUUGGCAUGACAUGGCAAAAAGAGAAAAACAAACAAACAAAAAGAAAAGAAAAGAAAAAAGAAGUAUUGUAACCCGAGGAUAAGUAAAAUCUAUGAGGUUUAUGUACAUCUAUGAUAAAGCCAUGGUCAGAGAUUGUAAUGCUUUUUCGAUUCAUUUGAUCAAAUGGCUCCACGGAGGAUUUAAAGUGUGACCUUUUAUGUUGCCAUAUUUAUUGAAUCCCCCCAAAAAUUCUGCUUUGCGCCCUACGUCGGUAUAGUCCCCAUUUGAGCUCUUCCACCUUACUGUAAAGGGCAAGGGAAAGGAAACAUGGUUUAGUAUUUAAAUAAACAAAAAUCUGACAAGUGUGGUGUGUAUUUCUGCAGGGUCUCAAACUGUCUCACAUAAUUAUCAAACAUUUAGACCCUAAAAACUCUUCAAGAUCUUCAAAACUACCUCUAAAGUUACCUAUAAUUACAUCUGAAAAUUAUUGUAUGUUUUUGUACAAAGAACGCAUUCCCGCUACUGGAACUGGCUUAUUUCAUGUUUAGACAAUUAAAAUUGUCUUUUAAAGUGAUUUACUGUUAUCUCCUUCAGUUUAGAAAAAGGCAUUAUAAGGUUUGGCUUAAAUGCAGGGGUUUUAUCAGUUGGUUAGUACCUGCUGUCAGUACUGAAGGUUAAUUAUUUGUUGUAAGAACAAACUGAAGUAAAGUAACCAGUCUGUAGCAGCACCAGAUUUACACACACUAUUUUCAUCAAAUUAAAUUCACUGCUCAGAGCUCAGAUUAUUACACUUAAAUAAUACCCAUCUUAAAAAUUGGAGAGAGCAUCAAUGCUCUGAGUGGUAAGACUUGCUUCUCAUCACUCAUCUGCUAUAAACAGCAGAUUCUCAAUUGAAUUUAGGGCUGGGCUUUGAUUGGACCACUUCCUGACUAAAGCUUGAGGACUGAAGAAUUUCCAUGUAUUCCAAGACCGUUUCUCGGUUGACAGCCUGCGUCUCCAAAGUCUGUUGUUUAAAAUAAAUUCAGUGUGUGGACCAUGGUGAAUACAGCUGAUCAGUGGGCGUUACAGGAAGAGCCGAAGAAUCCAGCUGCAAUGGGGCGCCAGCUGGAGCCUCUUACAAGAAAUCACUAAUUAAAUAAGAGCCAGUCCUAGUGGGCGCCACAAAUCCAAUAUGUUUUUUUGUUUUGUUUUUAGCCACACAUUUGCCUGUUGUUCAAUAUUCAAGUGAUGUUCAGGUCAGUGAACAAAGUCUGCUGUUUGACCAGAGAAGGAAGCUUUUUUUCCCCACACUUGUUUAGAUGCUUUUUCACUUCUUGCAGACAGAGAGAAAGAGAGAGAGAGAGACAGAGGAUUUUUAUCUACAAACCACUCAAGCACUAAUAGCAUUUGCUGUUGAAGGAAGGGAGACUGUGACCAAUCUUUCAUCUGAUUCUGGCCAGGGCUGCAUUAGACACUUUAAUGUUUAAUGUCCAAUUAUAAUUGGAGGUUUACUCUAAUGGCAGUGCUGGCCCCAAGAAUAAACAAACCGAGCAGCUGCUUACUGCUCAGAACCAAUAGAGGGCACCCAAGAGCGCUGGAACAGUCACUAGUUGUGCUUCUAAAUGUAAUGCUUUGUUUGUGUGGGUGAUACAUGACUGUGCAAAAUAAAACCUCUGAUCCUUGA